AUGAAAACAAAUAUGUACACAAUACUCCGAUUCUCGCUCCUUGUGUUGGGCUUCUCUCUUGUCUGCCUUGGAGCUUUCUUUAUAUCUUCUAGCUACUCCUGUAACUGCAGACAUGAAACAGUUGUGGCAUACACGCUCAUGCCACUCGGAUUUCUGCUUCUCCUGAGUGGGAUUUUUUGGAGCACUUAUCAUGAGGCCAACCACAAGAGUCUCUUCCAAACCAUGAUUAGACGAAUUCAUAGCCAGCAGCAAGUACAUAUUGAGACAGUAGACAGGCCAGAUUUCUACCCUCCAUCAUAUGAAACAGCUCUUCAUCAUACUGUCCUGCAUCCCAGUGCACAUUCUUGUAUUUAUGUGGGUGAACAAGGAUUCAACAUACCUCCUCCUCUGUACACAGAGACAACCAUGGAUGUUGUGGAUGAAACCUUUUUAUGUGAAGACCCCCCACCCUCAUACGAAAUGUCAGUGCAGACUCAUGCCUCUGAUGCUGAAGAUAAUUCUGCAAGUGUGCCAGAGACUGAAAAUAUCACUAGUUUGGAGACAAAUGACUGA